AGUAAUCCCGAAAGGGUGCGCCUCCGUGUCCAGACGGAAUCGACCGCCACACGGUUCGUCGAAGGGCACGGCGGUGGGAGAAAGACCUGCCGCCUUCUCCUCCUCUAGCAGGCUGCGCAUACCAAUCUCCCACGGAGUCGUCAGCUUCUUGAUAGCGCCAUGCCCCCGAAAGAUCUUCCCGGCUUCUAUUACGACGUGGAGAAGAAUCGCUACUUCCCUAUCAAAGGUCCCAUUCCUGGCUCGAAGCGUCCGCUGGUUUCCUCCUCGGUUUCGUGUUCUUCAUCAAAACGGGCUACUAAUGGGGAGUUCUCCAAUUCAUAUCAGGAUCAUCAAAUGCACCAAGCGAGCCGAAGAAAGCUGUUAAAAUCUUCUGAGCUGCUUCAAAUUAGGGAGAUACAUGGUAGAUCUAUUGUUUCAAAUAAAUACAGAUGUAAUUUUGAACAAGAGUAUCAAAAGCUGCAAGCUAAAUAUCCCAUGGUGUGGAAAUAUCAAAACACGGUUGGUGUAUCCGAUGGUGCAUUGGAGCAACUACAUGGUAUUGUUCAAACACCCAAAGGUUUGCAGUUGCAAAAAAUUUUGACAAUGGGUAGUAUGACUGGUUACAUCAGUCUGUAUGAAGUUGCAACAGUCAGCCAAUAUUUUGAUUAUCGGUUUGAGUGCAUACCAAAGCCCAUUUGGUCUAUGAGAAAUCCCAAAACAUGUGACGAUUCUGGAAUUGCUGGUAUAUGGUGCUUGGCAGAGUCUCUUCCAGGUUUUUCAUCCAGUAUUUCCUGCAUAAAGAAGUUUAGUGGGAAUUUUUCUGAUACCACUCAGGAUGGUUCUUCCUUUCGCCAUGCUUUGUAUCCAAACCAACUUUUCUAUUUAUCGCAUUCUGUUUGUCUUAUCUGGUGUCCUUUUUUUCCCUACCCAAAAUUGUUAACUAUGAUCACAUUUGUGUUCCUUGACACUGCACAUGAUGACCACUUUUGGAUCAGGAGCAGCUGGUGGUUCUGUCUAUAUUCUGAAUCUACAUGAACCUCUAGAUUUAAUUUUAAGUUCUGGCAGCCUUUUUAGCCAUAUUUCACAGAUUGCAUCAUUCGAUCGCACAAUAUGGACUGCUGAUUGUAAUUCACAUGGGACACAAGCAGUGAUUGGUACUAAUCUUGGAGCUACUUUGAUAAACUUAGAAACCGAAGAGGUGUCAUGGUUCUACCGUAGUAGAAGUGAUGUCUUUUCGCAACAGUUUAUUCAUUCGGGAAAUGUUGUUCUAUGUGGGCAAAGAAAUGGAGCAGUUAUAUCAGUUGAUAUUCGGCAAAAACAAUCAAGGCAUAAGCUUGGUAGAAAUUUGAAUUCAUCUGAUGCUGUCUUCAUGUCUUCGGCUGUUUGCAGUUUGGUAGCACUUCAAUCAGAUGAUAACUAUUUUUUAGCUAGCUCCAUGGAUGGAUCUAUCAAACUCUUUGACUGCCGUCUUCUUCAAAGAGGAUCAGUCCAAUCUUACGCAGGACAUGUGAAUUCACACACCCGUUUACAACUUGGAGUGAACCCAUCUGAAACAUUUCUUAUAUCGGGUGGGGAGGACUGCUUUUUGCGCAUAUGGAGCAUCAAGAAUGGUGAGCUUAUAUUUGGGGAGAAAGUCUCGGACUCGAUACUCACAACGGUUUGCUGGCCAAAAACUGGAAAUGAGUUUGAUGGGAAACAAAAAUCACGUAAGCAAUUAGAGUGCUGCUCCGAGUAUUCAUAUUUUCCUACCCAUAGCUGGGGGACAUGGUUGGGAUCACCUGAUGGGCUAUUUUACAUGCAUGGAACUUGAUCUAACCAAAACAAAUAUAUGUGACUGGUACAUGGAAAUCUGCUGCCUUGUGGUAAGUGACACUUGGAGUAUACAAGUAUCGAUGUCAAGAUAUCUGCCAGAGACUGCAUCUUCCGCUGUUCCCAGUAAUGUAGUGCUGAUCCAGUCGGUAGGUUGGAUAGAAGUUGCUGUUCUCCAGUUUUUGGAAUUAUUGUAAAUGGUUUAUCUCUGUGUUGAUGGUUAACCCUUCUCUUUUGGAGCUAACCAUGCUAAAUCAUCCUCUUUAAGCAUCAUCAACCAUGUUAUAUUUGUAUAUUUUCUGUAUUAUAAACUUCAUUAGAGCUGA